UUACACGAAACGGUGACAUGUUGGUCAAAUGUGAAUACUACAGAAGAGCGGGUUCUUACAAAACUAUCUUGUUCAGAUAAUUCAACUUUUAGCGAGUUGUUCAUUUUAAACUGCAUGAAAUCUCACCAGCCACUAACAUGCGGAGAGGAUUAGCAUCAAAGCCUCGUUCUGAUAACGCGCAACUGAUCGAAGACAACCGUUUGAAGAAGAGGUUAUGUUCUCACUACAACAAACCUGCUGCUUCGAGACACCUUACUAACGGCAUGAUCUAAGCCAAGACGACAUACGAGAUGUUCACCCUCUUGAAAUAGUUAACAAGGCGUCAGCCCGCUCUUAAGCUUUCCUCGCGAUGACGGAGCGCUGUCCUUUAGCUGAGAAGGCGAUGUCGGAGGGCUACGCGCGGCUCCGCUUCAGGGACACGUCGCUGCUGGUUUGGCAGCAGCAGCAGCUGGAGCUGGAGAGAGGGCCUCCGACCAGUUACCUGAGCCGCAGUCAGAGCUCGUGCUACAGCCAGUACGGCAACCAGGCAGUUGUGGUUCGGGACAAAACAAGCCUGAAAGACUCCGAUAGCACUGGACAAUCCCGGAUUUGCGCUGUUAUGUGAUCGUGGUAUUCCUCUCAUGACUGAUGAAUCGCUUCACACAUAUUUGUCAAGUAAACAGUACUGUGAUCUGUCCACAUAUCAUUGUUCAGAAAGUCAGGUGCUCGUGCUUACAAUGAGAUUCAUGAACAAUGCAUCAAACAGUAUCUUGAACAUUUAUGCAGUGUAGAUGGAGGACCAUUACCUGUUUAUUAGAGUUACUAUCAGUACUAAACCUCCGUUUAACCAACUGAAAAUCCCAAUUUGAACCAAGAUUCAAAAUGAGCACGUAUUUCAUUAGACUGGAUAUCCCAAUUGAACAAACUACUAAUUAGUGAAGAUAUGUUUAUCAUUGGUUGCAGUAUUUUUCAGUGGCAAAAUAUAAAGUAUCUACCAAUCUCUGACUCUAGGCUACCUAAUG